AUGGAAUCGAGCCCGGAGUCGCCUUGUGGCGCUCCAGGGGCGAUGACUUUCGAUUUCCAUGGACUGGUCGACCUGCCGCUCGAGUGCCAGCGCGCCAUUAUUGACAGGCUGCACUGGCGGGAAGUCCUCGCCCUCGAGUCAACGUGCUCCCACCUGAGAGACCUGGUCGCAUCGGACGAGCAUGCGUGGCGGGUGAGAUGCGAGAUGCGCUUCACCCCCGAGGAGCUCGCGGUUGCCGUCGACGACGCGACAACGUGGCGCGAGCGAUUUAUGCGAUCGGUGAAGCGCGGCAUGAAGGCCGUGAGCAACGCCCGGCCGCUGCUCGACCUCGCGGACAACACGGUGGUGCACUUCAGGAGAUUCGAGGAGGCGCAGAGACGCCUCUCGGGUAUCACUUUUCAGGACGUGCGGGAGUUCAUCGCCGCCGAGCGCUCCUCCCCGACCUUAUUGGUGCUCGCAGGUAUGGUCGAGUGCAUGGCGCGCGAGCCCAAAGUCGAGCCCGCGGAGGUUGUCGGCAUGCUGAAGGACGCCGGUUGCGAGGCUAGCGGAAAGAGCGUUCGACUCACGCAGUGGCUUCUGGGCCGGCUCGAGGGUGUCGGAUACAGGCUACGGGACGAGGUGGUGGUCCACGAGGGUUCGCUCGAGCGGCUUGCGGUUGAUAACCCGCGGCUGUUCGAGGUCAUGCUGCGGGGCAUACAGUACGAGGUUAGGGACAUGGAAGUUCGAGCCAUCGGCCCAGAGAAGAAGCCUUGGUGGGCCAUGCUUGGAACCGGGAUGCACAUCUCGCAGGCGGCCUGA